AUGAGCAAAGAUUGGGUUCUUAUUGUGUUUGUGAUAUUUGUUUCAAGUAGUGGAAUAUUAUUCAGCAAUAAUGUUUGUGCAAAACCACCUCCUAAUGUUAACAUAGGAGCAAUUUUAGCUCUCAACUCAACCAUUGGAAAGGUGGCGAAAAUUGCUAUAGAAGCAGCAGUGAAUGAUGUAAAUUCAGAUUCAACCAUUCUCAGUGGAACCAAGCUUAACAUCUCUAUGCAAGACACAAAAUUAUCAACUGGAUUUCUAGGAAUCAUUGACUCAUUGCUAUUGAUGGAGAAGGACACUGUGGCCAUAAUUGGUCCACAAUACUCAGUAAUGGCACAUGUAAUCUCACACAUUGCAAAUGAGAUGCAAGUUCCUCUCUUAUCAUUUGCAGCAACAGAUCCUACACUCACUUCUCUUCAAUUUCCAUAUUUUGUUAGAACAACACAGAGUGAUCUUUAUCAAAUGUCUGCAGUAGCAGAUGUUAUUGAUCAAUUCCAAUGGAGAGAUGUGAUUGCAAUCUUCAUUGAUGAUGAUCAUGGAAGAAAUGGGGUUGCUGCAUUAGGUGAUAAGCUUGCCGAAAAACGUUGCAAGAUAUCACACAAAGCAGCCCUUAAGCCUGAUGAUACCAAUGUCAACAAGGAAGAAAUGAAUAGUGCAUUAGUUAAAAUUGCUUUAAUGGAGUCUAGGGUUAUAGUUCUUCACAUUUACCCUUCUUUUGGCCUUGAAGUUCUUCAUAUUGCACAAUCAUUAGGCAUGAUGAUAAGUGGUUAUGUGUGGAUAGUUACUGAUUGGCUCACAACUGCUCUUGAUUCUGAUCCAUCAUUGGCUACAACUUCAAUCAUGAAUGAUAUGCAAGGUGUUAUCACCUUGAGAAUGCACACACCAGAUUCAAGAAUCAAGAGCAAUUUUGAGUCUAGGUGGCCCAAACUAGCUCAUCAAAAUAAUGAUGAGGGUCCUUUUGGAUUGAACAUCUUUGGUUUAUAUGCUUAUGACACUGUUUGGACCUUAGCUUAUGCACUUGAUGCAUUCUUUAGAAGUGGUGGAACUUUGAAAUUUUCAAAUGAUUCAAGUUUAAACACUUUAAGGGGUGAUGGUGAUACCCUUCAUCUUGAUGCUAUGGGAAUGUUUCUUAAUGGUAGCAUGUUGCUUCAGAAGAUUCUAGAAGUUAAUCGAACCGGUUUAACCGGCCGAAUAGAGUUUUCUCAAGAUGGAAACCUAAUGAAUCCAUCAUAUGAGAUCAUUAAUGUGAUUGGAACUGGGGUUAGGAGGAUUGGAUUUUGGUCUAAUUCUUCUGGCCUUCACACUGGUGAACAAGUUCCAAAUCAUGGAAAUUCAAGUGAAGGGCUUUAUGGUGUGAUAUGGCCUGGCCAAACAACACAAACACCUAGAGGUUGGGUUUUUGCCAACAAUGGAAAACAAUUGAGAAUUGGGGUGCCACUUAGGGUUAGCUACCAUGAAUUUGUGUCAAGAACUGAAGGCACUGACAAGUUUAGUGGUUAUUGCAUUGAUGUGUUCACAGCUGCCUUGGAAUUGUUGCCUUAUCCAGUCCCAAAUAAGUUUAUUCCAUUUGGUGAUGGUAAAGCCAAUCCAUUGAAUUCAUUACUUCUUCAGAGGGUCACACUUGGUGAGUUUGAUGCUGUGGUGGGCGACAUUACCAUUACCACAAACAGAACUAAGAUUGUGGAUUUCACACAACCAUACAUUGAAUCCGGUUUAGUUGUUGUGGCACCAAUAAGGAAGAUGAAAUCUAAUGCUUGGGCCUUUCUAAGACCAUUUACUCCAAUGAUGUGGCUUGUCACAGGAAUGUUUUUCUUAGCUGUUGGGGCUGUUGUUUGGAUUUUAGAACGUCGCUUGAAUGAUGAUUUUAGAGGCACUCCUAGGAGACAAUUUGUCACCAUUAUAUGGUUUAGCUUCUCAACCUUGUUCUUUGCACAUAGAGAGAAAACUGUUAGCACUCUUGGCCGAUUAGUCUUAAUCAUAUGGCUGUUUGUGGUUUUAAUACUGAAUUCAAGCUACAUUGCAAGCCUAACAUCAAUCCUCACAGUGGAACAACUCUCUUCCCCAAUUAAGGGGAUUGAAAGCUUAGCAACAAGCAAUGAAAGAAUUGGUUACUUGAGAGGAUCAUUUGCUGAGAAUUAUCUAACAGAUGAACUCAACAUACAUAGGUCAAGGCUUGUUCCUCUCAAUGACCCUUCAGAAUAUGAGAAGGCGUUGAAGGAUGGAGCUGCUAAUGGUGGUGUUGCUGCAAUCAUAGAUGAACGUGCAUACAUGGAGUUGUUCCUAGCAAGUAGGUGUGAAUUUGGGAUUGUUGGUCAAGAGUUUACCAAGAUGGGUUGGGGCUUUGUAAGUAUUUUGAAAUAUGCUUCUUUUUUAAUUUUAAAUAUAUAUAUAUUUAAAAAAAUUCAAUUUUAAAGGAUGACAUCUCACCAAGCACUACCAUCCCGUUUAGCGACGGUUUGAAAUCAUCGCAAAAACCCUCCAAAACCGCCACUAUUUGCAGUUGGUGGGGGUGGUGUAUAUAUAUUAUAUUUUUCCUCAUAUGUUUGUAUUUUAAUUUGAUGCUCACUUGCACAAACAUAAACAUAAU